GAUUUGUUCGACGGUUCCCGGCUGGCAGGAGGAAGCGUGUCGGCGAGUCGUCCUGUGGAGAAGCAUGUGAUGACUCACGCAAGGCAGAAGGGUUCCCUCAGGCAGAGCCGCAGCAGUGCUGAGUGGUGGGACAACUGUCCUCUUUGGCCACAUGGUGGCACUAUGGGUGGCGCCUGGCCUGAGCGCUCACUACGAUUCGGCAGGACAAAGAAGAUAGGUGAGAUCAUCAAACAAGGCAAAGACAUGGCCAAAAAGAUGACCCACAAGAGAGGGCGAAAAGAAAAAAAAUCCAAUCAGAACAGAAAACUUGACCGGCGGCGUGACAAGAAACGGGACAGGAAGUUGUAUCCCUUGCGGGGGAGGGCUGGGGGUUCAGGCGAGGAAGGGCUCAGCUGCCAUGUCCUCCUCACCCGAUUGGAGGAAAGCAUCCGUAAAAAGGAGAAUCCUGAAGAAAGGGAAGGAAACAACGCACGCCGACAUUUAUCCCGGAAAGCAAAACCCAAAAAAGGGAAAAGCAAUGAGAGAAGAGAGUCAAAGACAUCACCAAAAAACAAAUCAAAGUCAGUCAGCCCAAGUCAUGGUGAGUGUAUUCAUGUCUCACAACCACGCAAGCGCCGACUAGCCUCUCUCAAUGCUGAGGCAGUGAACAGUCUACUGCUUGAAAGAGCGACUGACCCUCAGCCAGCAGCGAAACAGGCCAGGAGGCAGGAAGAACCCACAAAUGGAGGGGGUUCCCCGGAUGCAGACCCAGCCAGAAGUGGUGUCCCUGGAGGUCUGAAGGCUUCACGUGGCAACAUCAGUAAAGUCUCCACGUCUCACAGACUUGAACUGUGCCAAAGCUCUAAGCCAGUCAAGAAGGCCAAAGUCAACCGAGGUGAUGAGAGCAGGGGGAUGAGUCAGGAGAGUCUGGAUGCCCCCGCUCCCAGACGAUUGGCUGGACUAAACGCUGCAGCCCUGCUGAAGUUAACCAGCUCCUCUGCUACCAGUAAGCAGAGAGUAAAGGCUGCACCCACAGCUACUAUCACAUCAGACUGCAAGGCUCCAGCUGCAGUCUCAACCCCAAAACAGCACACCAGAGUCAAACUCAAACACAAGGGGCGAUCACAAAAGCAGAAGGGGAAAAAGGCCCCUCCCCUGCACAGUGGCUGCACAGCCUGCAAGAAGAAGGCAGACUUUGAGCCCAAAGUGGAGUGGGAGCCCGGCAGCUGCACCCAUAGACUGACCAAACCAGGCUACCAGUCACGCAGCAUGCUAGCGUACCCGCUGAAGCAAGUGAAGGAGGAGCAGCUGGAGACCGAACUGAGCCCAUACUACUGCUGUCCCCCAGAGGGCUCAGUGGAAUACUGCCACCGCUUGGCCUUCUUCCUGGGCCAGCAGCCCUACGGAGAAUCAGACGAUCAGCCUCUUAACACAGCCAUGACCCCUGUGAAGCGCGAGUGCCUCGUAACCUCACCGUCCCUGACACAUUCCCACCCGCAUACGGCCCUGGCCCUCAGCCCCCACCCCUGCCUCUGCACUGCUGACCACUGCUUCUCCAGCUACUACGUGCACAUCGCCCACCCGACACACACUGGAACGACGUCACCAACCCUGGGCUCGCGACCUCUGAACUUUGCCCCUUCCAGUUUGUGCCCUAAUCGGAUGACUGGCUCCAAGCUGCUGGACCCGCGGGUGUCCCACGCCUCAGGGCUGACUCACCCCGCCUACUGCAACUCUGUGGCUUCGCCCUGUUAUGGUGACGCCUGCGGGAUUAGUGGCUACACCUACAGAGCCAUGCCUCCCGUCACCAGCAGGGGUUGUUCUUUCAGCACAGGAUGCACUGGAUGUACACACGGCAUCAAAACAGAGGGUUACUCCUCCCCUCAGGGUGACCACAGCCCGUCUCUUCUGGUUCCCCCCUCCCUGCCCAUCUCCAGCUGCCCUCUAUCCAGCGUGCCCACAUCCACCCAGACUAAACCCCACCUGCUGACUCCCCUGUCGGGGCGAGACCAGCCCCAGGCCAGGUUAAAGCUGGCCAGGGAAUGCCCACAGAGCACCAAGCCCUCCAACGGCUCCCUGUCAAUGGGCCGCACACGGCUGCCUCAGAAACAGCCGUCACCUGUGCCAAGCCUCAGCAGCAACAAGCAAAAGAAAGUCAGCCGCAGACGUGCCACCAACGGCUGGCGGCCCGUUGGAAUUCCUACAGAGAGGGAGGUCUUCAUUGCGGGAGAGGAUGAGACGGCCCUCCGGCAGUGUUAUGAAGGAGUCGAGAGGGAUGGUGAAGUGAUUCAUGUCAGAGACACCGUGCUGCUACGAUCGGGCCCCAGGAAGAAAUCCCUUCCAUAUGUUGCCAAGAUAUCAGCGCUUUGGGAGGACCCCAAAACAGGAGAGCUGAUGAUGAGUCUUUUCUGGUACUACCGACCUGAGCACACCCAGGGAGGCCGAGAUCCCAGCGCACACUGUGAGAAUGAGAUUUUUGCCUCUCGGCAUCAGGAUGAAAAUAGUGUGGCCUGCAUAGAAGACAGAUGCUACGUUCUCCCACUAGCCCAGUACUGUAGAUUUUGUGCCUUGGUGAAGCGGCGUGCCGAAGGCGCCCCACCUGGCAGUGCCAGCAUGGUGCCCUGCCGCCCCGACUUCGCCCCCCCUUCCCACCGUUGUGUGCCCAUAGACGUCGACCCUGAGCUGGUGUAUCUCUGCCGGCACGUCUACGACUUCCGCUACGGACGCAUCCUGAAGAACCUGCAGUAGAGGGUGGAGGGGUUACCGCAUCUAUGAAUUAAUCAUCACGAAGCUCCCCCUCCUGCUCAGCGGGGGAGCUGGAGGACAGAACU